AUGGAAAAUUUAUUUGUUACAUUAAAUGAUUUACCAGAUGAAAUUCUUUUGAUAAUUUUUACAAAAUUAAAGAACGUUUCACUACUCUACUCUUUAGUAGGUGUUAACAAACGACUCAACACAAUUGUACGUGAUCCAAUUUUUACAAGUCAUUUAACAUUCAUGAGAUGUUUGUUAGAUGAUUCCAUAUACCCCUUACCUGAUUCAACGCUUGAUCGAUUUUGUUCACAAAUUUUACCGGUAAUUCAUUGUCAAAUCAAAUGGCUUGAUCUUGAAUCAUCAUCUAUGAAACGUAUACUUCGUGCUGUAAAUUAUCCAAAUAUAUAUGGACUUGGUUUAUUUGACAUUGACUUAGAAACAGCUCAAUUCCUCUUUGUUGAUGAAUAUUCUUUAAUUCAUAUAUAUAUAAAUCAAAUAACAUCAUUUAUUAUCGACAUAACUAAAAAUAAAAAUAAAAUCUCAAUAGAAGAAUUCCAUGUCUCUUUGGGAAAUUUCAUCGACUGUCUUUAUAUACUUGAUGGACGUUUCAAUCAACUUCGCACAUUUCAUGUUAAUAUUUCUCGCAUUUCCGUUUGUGGUCGAAAACUUAAUAAUAAGGAAAAACUACCUAAUUUAAGAUGUUUUUCGCUACACUCUUAUAUAUUUACAGAUGCUUAUGAUGAAUUAAUUAUACCACUUCUAUAUCGAAUGUCAAAUUUAGAAAAACUCGAUUUAAAUCUUUCUCUUUCUAUGAAAAAAGCAUUUGUUGAUGGAAAUGAUUUGAAGAAAAAUAUUAUCAAUCAUAUGUUACGAUUAGACAAAUUUACAUUUAAUAUUCGUUCAGUUCUUCAUCUUCAUAAUGAAAUUAAUUUACCAUCAAAUGAAGAUAUACAAAAUACAUUUCGUAAUUUUAAAAAUAACCAUAUCAUUUCUUGCCUCGAUUAUUUUCAAGAACAACAAAGUAGCCAGUGUCUUAUUUAUUCAUAUCCAUAUAAAUCAAAAUUUUAUAAGUAUAUAACAAAUAAUUUUUCAGGUGGAUUAUUCAAAUGUGUUCGUGAAAUAUCAUUAUUUGAUGUACAUCCUUUUGAACAUGAAUUUUUCCUUCGAAUUUCUCAAUCAUUUCCAUUUAUGCAAAAAUUGGCUUUACGCAAUUAUAAACCACAAAAUAACAAAUUAUGUAAAGAAUCAAAAAAUGACAAUCAAGAUUUAUCCAUCAUUAAAUAUCCUCAUCUUACUAAUCUUACACUUAGUAGAUCUCAUGAUGAUUAUGUUAAACAAUUUCUACUUGAUACGAAAACAUGUUUACCGAAUAAUGUUCAUCUUAACGUCACUUAUCAAACCUUGGAAAGGGUGACACCAGGGUUGCCAGAUCUUCCGAAAUGA